UCGGGCUGAAAGAAGUGUCAAUCCCCCUUUUUUUUGGUGUUGUAGUUUGAUCGUGGUAGUUUUUUGUUAUUGCCUUCUCCUCUUGGUCAUUUUUUUAUUGAUUGGCAGAUUAAAAAAAAAAAAAAAAAAAAAAAAAAGGUCAUGUCGGUAGGAUGUGGUAAAGGGAUAUUCCAUCAGACGAAGCUAUUCAGUGCCUGGGCUGGGAACAUUUAAUUAAUCGUAGAGUCAAAGUGGAUGGAUGGUUCUUUGUUCCUUUCCACUAGCCCUAUCUUUAAAAGAGAGCGAGGGAAUUUGGACAACGAGUGAAGUAAACUGGGGGGCAUGCAUUGCAUGCAUGUUGAUGUGAUGGUUAUGCAAGCCCUCGUUCCUCCUCUUCCUUCUCCCCUCCUUUACAAGAAUCAGACAAGGUCAGAAACAAACGUUCGUCGUCGUCGUCGUCUUUCUAUUCUCGUGUGUGCCAACAUUACUGCACUGGCUUGUAUUGUUCUUGUAUUUUUCUUUCUUCAUUUAUUCUCUUUCUCUCUCUCUUGGAUCAGCACCAUUUUUUUUUUUAUUAUCAUUUGGUGCUGGUGCCUUCUCUGUUGUCCUAGCACAACACGCACACAUGUCGAUGUCUCCUUCAAUUCAACUAAAAAAUCACCUUCUUCUGUGGGUAAUAAGUAUACAAUUCAUCAUCUCUUGUGCCUGAGCGCAUCCUAUGUGAGUAACCCUCUAUUGUUCUUUUCCUUUCCAUUUCUGUAUCCUGCCGCCGCAGCUGGAUUUUCAUUUUUCAUUUUUCAUUUUUAUUUUUUAUUUUUAUGGCUUUGCCCAACAAAGAUCUGUUCUUGUGGGGAAAUCUGUAUCGGGCAGUGUGUUGUGUAUGGAAGGAAAAGGAUUUCCUCCACACUUUGUAAUAUGAACAAUAUGCAUGAGCAUGGGAGGCAAAAGACGGACAAACAGUGAUUGACAGUAUCAGAGUCAAAGCGCCCUUCCUUGGUCGUUGCUCCUCUAAUUUUAAUAGAUUGUUCCAGGUUGUUAACCUUUUUUUCUUUUUCCUUCCUCUCUUUCUUCCUUCUUGCCUUCUUUUACCUUUUUCUCUCUCCCCUGCCCUUUUCCUUUAUGCACAAACCCACAUUUGUGUUUGCACACUCACAUUCUUUAAUGGACACCUUUGUUUGCUG